AUAAUGUUGAAAAUAUUUCUUGCAUUGAUGGCAUUUGCCAUUUGUUUAAACCAAGUCAAAGCAAUGGCCUACAAUGAGACUGAUCUCGAAGCCUACAUUACAAAGUAUGGAAAGUUACCAAUUGCCACAUGUGACAAGGCUGCCACUGAAGCAGAACAUUAUGCUACUUGUGGUUGUCCUUAUGUGUGGGGCGGUACGGACUGCUCAUGUGGUGGACAUGGAGGAAUGGAUUGCUCAGGCAUUGUCUACCGAUCUUACAACGAUGCUGGCUAUCAUGGCAUUGGCCGCACUACCUACAACCAGAUUGCUCAGGGCAGUUCAUGCUCGUCCAAGUGCCACCCCACCGACACCUCUGGCUGCACGACCGGCGACCUCUUCUUCUACUGCUUCGAGACUCCCUGUCCCAGCCACGUAGUAAUGUACAUUGGCAAGGGCAAGGCUGCCGAGUGUCCACACACUGGCGAGAACUGUCACAUCAUCACACCAUACUCCGAGUCCUACUAUGGCUGCCGAUCAUUCUGU